GCCAACUGCAUCGGAUCCAGAAAACGGCAGCUGAACAAAUUCGCUGGAUUGUUCCUGGAUUUUAUUGUCGCUUUCUCUUUGAAGUGUGUUCAUCGGUUUCCGGAGUUCCGGAAGUGUCUUUUACCGGUCAUCAAGUGAUGUGAUUGGGCGAGUAUGACUAGCAAUUUCACCUGUCGAGUUUGUGGCAAUGUUCCACUGGUGGUGCCGAAUGAUCCGAGACCGUUUGCUGAGGUGGCCGCUGUGUACUACAAAAUCACGGAUAUUCAGCCAACUGAUGAAACAUCGCAACCCAAGUUCGUUUGUCAAUUUUGUUAUGGAAAGAUACUAGAAAUAGACUGGUUCCGAAAGACCUGCAUCGCUUUCUACAACCGAACGAAUACCAUGUAUCCCUAUGGACCAGUUCAUGAACAACACAAUCGACCAUCCUUUGAGAUGUUCCCAAAUGAUCAAAGGAGCAAUUACUCAGCAAGCACGAUGCACCAUCUAGGUCACGUGAUGGAUUAUCCAAAUCAUCCGCCAACUAAUACUGAAAUGGCUGCACCAAACUUGACAAACUCAGUUUUAGGUGCUGAAAACUCGGAUUUCGCUCAGAAUCCGAUCAAAGUCAGCGGUGCAUCUCAUUCCAACAAUCGUCCUGAAAAGCCAAAAUUUAUUCCCAGUUCCGAUUUGAGCUCCAUUCACACUCGGUUGGAUAAACUUGGUGCCAAAUUGGACGACCACAGUGCAAUACUUCAGCGGAUUGAAUUGUUCAUGCUAGGCUUUUCCUAUGCUAAACCGGCGGCAGAACCGCAACAGGCCGCCAGCAGCAAGGGGAUAUGCGAUAUGCGGCAACGUGGCAUUGAGCGGGAAGAUAUGCGACAACGUAGUAUGGAAAAUUUCGAUGAAUUCGAACAAAUGCCUCAAAUUGUAACCAAGGAACAGCUGACUGAGUUGGACACCAAACUGGCGAACCCCGCCUAUGAGGCUAAGUUCUUCCGAUACAUUCAAUCGGUUUAUAAGCUCACAGGAAAAAGAGAGGGUUUCCCGUUCUUCAAGACCGUUAUCAGGAAAUUGAUUGCUCCGACCGUGUUGGUUUGCUUCUCCUGGAAGGGGAACAGUCGAACGAAGAAAGGGGAUCAAAUCGCGGUUGUGAACGAUCAAAACUACAGUUUCAAGAAUAUGUUCCCGAACAUCGUGCGGUUCAUCUACCGGGUGGUCAGUGCUGCCGAUUUCGAGUACACCAGUGAGGACAACGAGAAGGCCUUCAGCGAUUACCUGAGGCAGAAGACUACGGAGAUCAGACGGUUUCUGCAAUCGAGUGGAAUUCAACGUGCCUGUAGUCGGAAGCGUAGAAGGAAGGUGCAGCAACCCACAGCGACCACCGAUGGUGGGGGUGGUAACGUCGAACAGGACCAGGGUCAGGAUCAGGAAAUCUAUGGCGUGAACGAUACAACUGACGGUGACUUCAGCUACGACGAGGAAACUUUUUCGGACAACGGCGUGGAUAUAAAGCAAGAAGCAGGUGGAUCAAGUGAAGUCAGUGGCGUCUCGUAAUCGAUUGAGUAACCUGUUUUAUGACCCUAAAUGGGUAGUUUCGGCGUGUUCAUAGCUGAAAUUAUCCAGUAAAUGAUUGAAAUAGGCCUUUCAAGCCAUUUGUUACUCAUCUCAAGGAAAGCCUCAAGCACUGAUUCUGGAUUUCAAAUAUGUAUACGUGUUCAACAGGUACACUACCCGGCAUAAGCAUAGACCCACAAAAAGUAUUGCAACAAUAUUGCAUCACAUUGGACUCACCUCGAUAUCUCCAAAACCUGAGGACUGUUUUCAGAUAAGUUAUUCAGAAGCACAACAGCAACAACUUUUCUGAAGGCGGCAUUUUUGUAGGUGAUGCCAAGGGUGAUGCACUAUUGUGGCGAAACUUUUUGUGAGUUUAUACUUAUAACGGGUAGCGUAGAUUUGGGGGUAAGGGAUUAACAUUGAAUAAAGUAAAUUACAUUGUGCUUGCGUGAAUAAAUAAACAAAUCUAUAUUUAGGGUGUUUCAGGUAAUUUGAACAGACCAUUGCGCGUAACGGUCUGUCUAAAAUACCUAAACUACCCUAGUCUAUACUACA